CAGGCGUACAAGCCGCGGCGCGAGGAGGUCCUUAGGUGCGCGCACGUGCGUGCGUGCGUGAGUGCGUGUUCGCGACCCACGGCACGCUGUGCGCGAGGCGGAUGUCCGGGCCGGCUGGACCGGGGCCGCUGACGAGAUGGCGGAAGGCGGAGGCUGCCGUGAACGACCGGAUGCAGAGACCCAGAAAUCCGAGCUCGGGGCCUUAAUGAGGACCACGCUGCAACGAGGGGCGCAGUGGUAUCUUAUUGACAGCCGGUGGUUCAAGCAGUGGAAGAAGUAUGUGGGCUUCGACAGCUGGGAUAUGUACAAUGUGGGUGAACACAAUCUGUUUCCUGGCCCCAUAGAUAACUCUGGACUCUUUUCAGAUCCUGAGAGUCAGACCUUGAAAGAACAUUUAAUUGAUGAAUUGGACUAUGUAUUGGUCCCCACUGAGGCCUGGAAUAAGUUACUAAACUGGUAUGGCUGUGUAGAAGGUCAGCAGCCCAUUGUCAGAAAAGUUGUAGAGCAUGGCCUGUUUGUCAAGCACUGCAAGGUAGAGGUGUAUUUGCUGGAAUUGAAGCUUUGUGAGAAUAGUGAUCCCACCAAUGUGCUGAGUUGCCAUUUCAGCAAGGCAGACACCAUCGCAACCAUCGAGAAGGAAAUGCGGAAGCUGUUCAACAUCCCUGCAGAGCGUGAGACACGGCUGUGGAACAGAUACAUGAGCAACUCCUACGAGCAGUUGAGCAAGCUAGACAACACUGUGCAGGAUGCUGGGCUGUACCAGGGUCAGGUGCUAGUAAUUGAGCCCCAAAAUGAAGAUGGCACAUGGCCAAGGCAGACCCUGCAGUCAAAAUCAAGCACUGUGCCUAGCAGAAAUUUUACUACCUCUCCAAAAUCAUCAGCAAGUCCCUAUUCCUCAGUGUCUGCCUCUCCCAUUGCAAAUGGUGAUAGCACUAACACCUCUGGAAUGCACAGUUCCGGUGUCAGCAGGGGUGGAUCUGGCUUCUCUGCUUCGUAUAACUGUCAGGAGUCCCCAUCAUCUCACGUACAACCUGGGCUCUGUGGACUUGGAAACCUGGGGAACACCUGCUUCAUGAACUCUGCUUUGCAGUGCUUAAGCAACACUGCACCACUGACUGACUACUUUCUCAAAGAUGAGUAUGAAGUUGAAAUCAACAGGGACAACCCUCUGGGAAUGAAAGGGGAAAUUGCAGAGGCCUAUGCAGAGCUCAUUAAGCAGAUGUGGUCUGGAAGGGAUGCUCAUGUGGCACCUCGAAUGUUCAAAACCCAGGUGGGACGUUUUGCUCCUCAGUUUUCUGGCUACCAGCAGCAAGACUCUCAGGAGCUCUUAGCCUUUCUUCUAGACGGACUGCAUGAAGAUCUGAACCGAGUGAAGAAAAAACCCUACCUGGAGCUGAAGGAUGCCAAUGGGCGGCCAGAUGCGGUGGUGGCAAAGGAAGCCUGGGAGAAUCAUAGGUUAAGGAAUGACUCUGUGAUUGUGGACACGUUCCAUGGCCUCUUCAAAUCUACUUUGGUUUGCCCAGAGUGCGCUAAGAUUUCUGUGACCUUUGACCCAUUUUGCUAUCUAACUCUCCCCCUGCCCUUGAAGAAAGAUCGAGUUAUGGAGAUCUUCCUGGUUCCUGCUGACCCUCGCUGCAGGCCUACCCAGUACCGCGUAAUUGUGCCGCUAAUGGGUGCUGUAUCUGAUCUGUGCGAGGCUCUCUCCAGGUUGUCUGGCGUUGCUGCAGAAAAUAUGGUGGUCACAGAUGUGUAUAAUCACCGGUUCCACAAAAUUUUCCAAAUGGAUGAAGGUUUAAACCACAUCAUGCCUCGGGAUGAUAUUUUUGUGUACGAGGUCUGCAGCACCUCCAUGGAUGGCUCUGAAUGUAUCACGCUUCCUGUGUACUUCAGGGAGAGGAAGUCCAGGCCGUCGAGCACUUCCACUGGGGCGGUGCUGUAUGGGCAGCCUCUGUUGGUUUCUGUCCCAAAGCACAAGCUCACCCUCGAAUUUUUGUACCAGGCUGUUUGUGAGCGUAUCAGCCGCUAUAUAAAACAGCCUUUGCCUGAUGAGUCUGGCAGCUCGCCCUUGGAACUGGGGGCCUGCAAUGGCUCUAGGGGCAGCUGUGAAGGAGAAGACGAAGAGGAAAUGGAGCAUCAGGAGGAAGGCAGAGAGCAGCUUUCAGAAACGGAGGGCAGUGGGGAGGAUGAAUCUGGGAGUGACCGUGGUGAGACCUCCCAAAAGAAGCUCAAAGACAGACCAUGCCCUGAAAGGCUUUUUACCUUCAGUCUUGUGAACUCUUAUGGCACAGCUGACAUAAAUUCCCUUGCAACUGAUGGGAAGCUACUUAAACUCAACUCUCGGUCCACACUAGCCAUCGACUGGGAUAGUGAGACCCGGAACCGUUAUUAUGAUGAGCAAGAAUCUGAGGCCUAUGAGAAGCAUGUCAGCAUGUUGCAGCCUCAAAAGAAAAAGAAGACAGCAGUGGCCCUAAGAGACUGCAUCGAGCUCUUCACUACCAUGGAGACCCUUGGGGAGCACGACCCCUGGUACUGUCCCAGCUGUAAGAAGCAUCAACAGGCCACAAAGAAGUUUGACUUGUGGUCCUUGCCGAAGAUCCUGGUCGUCCAUCUCAAGCGUUUCUCCUACAAUAGAUACUGGAGGGAUAAGCUUGAUACGGUUGUGGAAUUCCCAGUCAGAGCUCUGAACAUGUCCGAGUUUGUCUGUGACCUGUCAGCAAGGCCUUAUGUGUACGACCUCAUUGCCGUGUCUAAUCAUUACGGAGCCAUGGGGGUUGGCCACUUAUACUUUCAUACUUGUUUAUGGAGAGGUAUUAGUGAUGUUCAAGUGAGAAGCUGGGUUUCCUCACAUCUCCUGUGUUGCACCAUGACAAGUGACACUACACCCAAUGUCAGGAUCUCAAGAGAUGACACCAUGGGAGGUGUCAGUUCCAUUUACAUUUACAGUGGAUUAUGGAACUACCCUAACCACAGUCUUCUCUCCUAUACUGAUACUGCAUACGCGAAGAACAAACUGAAUGGGAAAUGGUAUUACUUUGAUGAUAGCAAUGUGUCCCUGGCCUCUGAGGAUCAGAUAGUGACAAAAGCAGCUUACGUGCUAUUUUACCAGCGUCGAGAUGAUGAGUUUUAUAAGGCACCUUCACUCAGUUUUCCUGGAUCGUCUGAUGGAGGAACGAGACCAGGAAGCUCACAGCAAGGCAUGGGGGAUGAUGAGACUUGCAGCAUGGACACCAACUGAUGUUGCUUCAUGACCCUGCACCACAGCACCAGUGUAAUCCCCCAGGAGAACACCUUUGACACUGAAGACUGCUAGUGUUUCCUCUAAAAACCAGAUGAGGAAAUUUCCUUCUCUUAUGAACAGAAGGAAAAAAAAGACCGUUUUUGCUCAGAAGGGUUAUAUCAAGAGGCUGAAUUAUUUUUCUUUCUAUAUAGGUGGCGAGAAAUUUCUGUAAGCCUUUGGAGCUGCAGAGUGGGGGUUGGGGGUGUAGCACAAUGGAGUAUAUCUGAUGGAUUCCAAAGAACAGAGAGCAACACACUGUAAUUGAGUUUGGUACAGCCAUGAAGACCUGCCACGAGCUGCCCUGAGUUCUUGGAUUUCUAAUUCUGGUGCUGAUUACUGGUCCCCCCAGUAGUCUGCCUGCAGUAAACUAAGCCUCGAGUAAACUUGAUGUCAUCCCCUUCUCCCUUA